AUGGCCGGGGACACCAACUGUGUGGAGAUGUUCUGCAGGUUUAAUCAGACAGAUCCCUGUUACGCAGCUCUGGGACACAAACUCUAUCUGCAGAUGGUGACGGACACUCGAGAUCAACACCUGUGUGUGAUCAGAACAGAUUCAGGGACAUACACAUUAGUGCUCUAUAAUUCAUACGGCUCAAUUACACAUGAUGUAUAUCUUCCAGUGAUUGUUGAAGCUCCUAUUGGCUCAGUGGAAGUGUCAAUCAAUUGCUCGUCCAGUGGGGAGAAGCGAGCGUCCUGCUCCUCUGAGGGGGAUCAGCUCAACUUCAGAUGGACUCUGAAUGGACAAGAACUGGAGGAUAGAAAUAACAUCAUUCAUCUGGAUGAGGAAACUUCUGGAAACAUCAUCUGCACUGUGAACAACCACGUCAGUCGUGGACAGAAGAACAUUAGUGUAAACCGAUGUCCUGUUGAGUGUUCAGUGUCUGUGGUGUUUGUGGUGGUGUGGAGUUUGGAGAUGAUGCUUCUGUUGACUCUGUUAGGAGGUUUUCACAUCUACAUCAGAUACUGCAGCACACACACAUCAGGAAGGAAACAGGAAGAGGAAAUCACUCUAUAGAUCAAAACUGAGAAUGACAAGAUUUAGACACCGACAUCAACACAGAACAGAAGAUUCAUGAGAGAAACGGCAGAUUUCAUCACAGAUAUUAGAAAUCAUUUCAUAUGCAGUCUUUAGUUUUGAAAAUGUCUUUUGAUUUUGUAUCGACUUGAGACUCAUUUCAGUUUAUUUUUGUGUUGAAUGAACUAUCUGUGUUUUAUUUGAUUAUAUUCAUCUGCUUCUGUUCAGUCGUGAUGAUUCACUUGUCAGAAUGAUUCCUCUGAAUCAAAUGUGACAGUAUCAUCAUGUUGUUGCCCUUUGGGUUUAU